AUGCGGGUUAUUAGCUUAUUCCUAUUAAUCAACCUUGCAAUCGCUUUAGCAUCACACAAGCCAGGCUAUUGCAACACCUAUGGAAACUGUGGUAAAAAAUCGGUGUUUGGAAAACCAUUACCUUGUGCUGGGUUUGUCCCGGCCGUAAAGGCAAGCCUGGAAUCACGAGAGAAAUUAAAAUCAAUAUGUGGAGAAGAUUUCGACUACGUUUGUUGUUCUCCCGAACAAAUUGAUAUUUUGGAACUGAACUUAAAAAGAGUCGACCCUCUAAUCUCAUCAUGCCCGGCGUGCCGAAAGAACUUUUAUGACUUCUUCUGCCAAUUCAGUUGCUCACCCAAUGAAUCCCAAUUUGUUGAAAUUGUUAAAACCGAAACCGCCAGAGACACAGGCAAAGAAAUAGUCACCGAGAUAAACCAAUAUGUGGAACCGGAAAUGGCCAAACAGUUUUUUGACUCGUGCAAAAAUGUAAAGUUCCUGGCAACUAACGGUUAUGCUAUGGAUUUGAUUGGUGGAGGAGCAAAGAAUUACCUGCAAUUUUUAAAGUUUUUGGGAGAUGAAAAACCAUUGUUGGGUGGAUCCCCUUACCAAAUCAACUUUAAAUACAAACUCCCACAACCCCAAUCGGGUCUUGUUUUGCGAAAUGAACCACUUCGUGAUUGCAACGACAAAGAAUAUAAAUGUGCAUGUACUGACUGUGAGGAGUCAUGCCCACAAUUGCCACAUGCUAAAGAUUUAACCAAAAAGUGUACCGUUGGUGUUUUGCCAUGUUUUUCAUUUAGUAUCAUAAUUAUUUGGUCGUGCUUGAUAAUACUAUUAGGAGGAUAUCACGUAUACUUGGCGAAAUUGAAAAAAGAACGGAGACGAUCAAUUGUGGAAGAUUCCGAGGAUGACGAAAGCACUAUGAUAAACCCAUUAUUCUAUGCUGGCAUUGGGAAAAAACGGGCAAAACAAUUUCUGAGCGAAUUGGGACUGAAAAUUCAAGACUUGUUUGCCAAUAUUGGGUACUUUUGUUCUAAAUUCCCCGGGAUCUCAAUUGGAACUAGUUUAACAAUUGUCGUUUUGCUCUCCUUGGGACUUUUCAAGUUGCAACUUGAAACCGACCCUGUCAAGCUUUGGGUUAGUCCUAGUGACCCAUCUUACAAAAACCAACAGUUUUUUGAAUCUAAUUUCGGCGAAUGGUUUAGAAUUGAACAAGUGAUUAUAAGUGCAAAAGAUGGUGGGCCUGUUUUGAACUGGGAAGUUGUCAAGUGGUGGUUUGACAAAGAGUCACAAUUGGACAAGUUGGAUGAAAAUGUGCGUUUAUCCGAUAUCUGUUUUAAACCAUUAGACGAGACUUGUGCCUUACAAUCAUUUACGCAGUAUUUCCAAGGUGAUAUUUCUGGAUUGACAGAGAGUAACUGGAAGUCAAAAUUGCAGAGUUGCGUUGACUCUCCAGUAAACUGUUUGCCCACGUUUCAACAACCGUUGAAACCAAAUAUUUUGUUUGAUAAUAACGAUGUUUCCAAGGCCAGGGCAUUUACAGUAACGGUAUUGGUAAACAGUGACACCCAGAAUGGAAACUAUACUGCAAAAACAAUCUCGUAUGAGCAUCUGUUCCAAAAAUGGGCAGCUGAUUUACAAGCCGAGCACCCAAAUUUGAAUAUAGCUUACAGCACCGAGAUCUCCCUUAAGGAAGAACUUAAUCAAUCUUCAAACACAGACAUAAAAACUAUCGCCAUAUCAUACUUGGUAAUGUUUAUAUACGCUUCUUUGGCACUUGGGGGUAAAUUGCCAACUGCACAUUUUUACUCAUUAGUGAAGACAAGAUUUACAUUGGGGCUUUCAAGUAUAAUUAUAAUAUUGCUAUCGGUAACAGCAUCUGUGGGAUUUUUUUCAUUUAUCGGAUUAAGAUCUACGCUCAUCAUUGCUGAGGUGAUCCCUUUUUUGGUGUUGGCAAUAGGUAUCGAUAAUAUAUUCUUAAUUGUUCAUGAGUUACACGUAAUAAGUGAGGGGAACCCUGACUUGGCUUUGGAGGCACGGAUCUCUCACGCUUUGAAAAAUAUCGGACCUUCGUGUUUUAUAAGUGCUGUUUUGCAGGUAUGCAUGUUUUUGUUGGCCACUACCGUGGGUAUGCCGGCAGUAAAAAAUUUUGCAUACUACGGUGCUGGUGCGGUUUUAAUCAACUUCUUACUACAGAUGACAUGUUUUAUCGGGUUAUUAGCAUUAGAUCAGCGUCGAUUAGAAGAUAACAGAGUUGAUUGUGUUCCUUGGAUUACAAUCCCUCCAAUUCAAAUAAACGGUGAUGAUACCCACGAACCAGUGCAUCUUGAAUACAAUUUUUCUCACUGGAUAGGUGACCAUUAUGCCCCAUUUUUGUUAAAGAAAAGCACAAAGGGUAAGGUAGUGGCUUUAUUUGUGUUAUGGGUCGGGAUUUCCCUCAGUUUGUUUCCCAAAAUUCAACUCGGAUUAGACCAAAGAAUUGCCAUACCCUCCACAUCAUACUUGGUCGAUUAUUUCAAUUCAGUAUAUGAAUUCUUGAACGUUGGUCCUCCAGUUUUCUUUGUUGUUAAGGACUUGGAUUAUACCGAAAGACUGAAUCAACAGAAAAUCUGUGGCAAGUUUUCUGCUUGUGAUGAAUUUUCUUUGGCCAACAUUUUGGAGCAAGAGGUAAAACGUUCACGCAUAUCAAUGCUUUCUGAACCUGCAUCCAACUGGUUGGAUGAUUUCUUCAGUUGGUUGAACCCAGAUUUGGAUCAAUGUUGUCGAUUUAGGAAGAGUACCAUUUUUGAAAAAACACCAGAUUUUUGCUCGCCCACUGCCCCUCAGCGUCAAUGCCAAUCAUGCUAUUUAAAUCACGAUCCUCCUUAUGACUCAAGUAUGAAAGCUUUUCCUAAAGAAGAUUUUAUGUUUUAUUUUAAUGACUGGAUACAAGAGCCAUCCGACCCGUGUCCAUUGGGUGGAAAAGCUGCACAUGGACAGGCUAUAUCCCGAACAAGUGGGAAAAUCGACUCGAGCUAUUUCCGAACUUCUUUUGUUCCGUUAAGGGGUCAGCAAGAGUUUAUCAAUGCCUACAAAAGUGGAGAGAAUAUUGUGAAGGAAAUUACCAAGUUGAUUCCCUCAAUCGACAUUUUUGCCUACUCUCCAUUUUUCAUAUUCUUCACACAAUACCAGAAUAUUGUGUUGUUGACAGUGGUUUUAUUGGCAGUAGCUAUGACUAUCAUAUAUGUAGUAAGCAUAUUUUUGUUGAACUCGUUUAGAGCCGCAAGCAUUCUCACAAUGACAAUCACAGCAAUCAUGAUUAACAUCGGUGGAGUGUUGGCAUUAUGGUCCAUAUCCCUAAACGCAGUCACUUUGGUCAAUUUGGUUAUAUGUGUUGGAUUUGCCGUUGAGUUUACUAUACACUUGACCAGAGCCUAUUGCGUGCCCAAAGUCAAGAUGUUUGACAAUCCUGCUGAACAGGAAUUGUACAAUAACCUUGUGAACGCUGAGCCUGAGAAUGCUCGCAGAACAUCAAUAACCAGCUUGAAUGCGGAAUUCAGAAACACUAAAGCACAUAACGCAUUGUGCAGUGUUGGAGGCUCGUUGAUAAGUGGGGUCACAUUAACAAAAUUGAUCGGUAUUUCAGUUUUAGCCUUUACAAGAUCUCAGAUCUUUGAAGUUUAUUAUUUCAGGAUGUGGCUCUCUUUGGUUGUGAUUAGUUUUGUCCACGCAUUUGUCUUGUUGCCAGUGUUGUUAAGCUUUUAA